UUGCCGCGAUCUCCGCACCCGCGGGCGCGGCCCAUAAACCCCACACCGCGCGUUCGAUCCGGGUCGCGAAAUCGAUCGAUGGAUCGACCGCGGAGAGCGACAAAGAUCGGUCUUCGUGCAGCCUAAGCGGCAGACACCGGCAGGUCGAUGUUAUUAGUCGCCAUGAAUCGAAUCCACCAAAGCACCAAAAGCAAGAAAAAGAAGCGCAAAAGAAACCCCACACUCGGAUCCCGAUCCCAAUCCCAAACCCUCUCUCGUCUGCGUCCGUCUCCCAUCCUCCUCGGCCUUCAAAAUCCCGCCUUGUCUCUCUUUUAAUUUCCUACUAAUUAUAUUGCUCUGCCGAUGGUACAGCCGCGGAGCCCAAAAGUAAUUAUUUUUGACGCCUUCGGAUGUUGAUAUCAUCGUGUCGGUUGGUUCUACGGAUUCCAAUCGAGCACUCGCGAUUCUUCUGGUCUCUGUUGUGGAAUUUAUCGCUUCCUGGCGUCCGAAUUCACUCGUUUGCCCCUUUUACGGUUUCCCCCUUUUUCCAGUUCUGGCAAUGAGAUUCUGAGGAUUAUUAUUAAGUUGGUGCCUGUGGCGAUCUUUUAAUUGUUUGUUUAUAGUUUCCCAAUCUCUCGCCUCUCCCUCUUUCUCUCUCUUCGAAUCGCCCACCUUUUUUGUUUUGCUUGUGUUUUGACUCGGCUUGUCAGAGCCUGAUGGGCACGAAAGGCGGGAUUUUUACGGCGGAUGGGCUCGUGUUUUGUGGUCGAUUGGGGUUGUGGUGAGUUGUGAUUAAGAUUUGAGGUGAGGGAAUACAAAUAGUUGUCGUCGUACCCCCUUUGCCUAUGAGAAAGUAGUAUAAGUCCUAAUUUAUUUUUAUUUAUAGAGUUCGGAUUUUUUUUGCCAUAGCGGUGCAUUAGGGUUUGGUUUACCCCUCGUCGGUACUUUACUCUUCCUCCUAUCCUCCUCUUUUUUCUGGGUUGUUCGCGAGCUCCGGAGGCGUUCCUUGUCGGAAAGGCCGUCGAUUCCUUCAUAUUUCCGGAAUUCGGGUUACAGUAUUGGGGAAAAAGAUGGAAGAUUUGUUAGUUUGAGGUGCGAACGAUGUCACAGCCUCAAGGUUACGGGAGAGAGAACUGUAUCCUCCUGGCUGUGCUGUGCGGGCAAUUUGCAGAUAGACGAAGGGGGGAUGCGAAGAAUCGGCCUCAGUAUCCCUUUCCCGAACUCGUGUCAUCUGGGCGAUUAGAGGUCCAGACACUCAUUAAUCCUACAGUUGAUAGAUUUAGUGAAGCUCAGAAAUUAGUUCAGCCCAAUAUUCUGUACUUUCAAGGGGAACAACUCGAAAAUGAAGAGCAAAUCGGCUCGCUAGUCUGGGGAGGAGUUGAUGUGUCUGAUUCUGAGAUGCUUACUUCAUUUAUUAGUCCUCCAUUACCGACCAUCGUUUACUUGGAGAUUCCAAGUGGUGAAAAGAUUGCGCAAGCUUUUCACUCUAAGGGGGUUCGAUAUGUAAUAUACUGGAAGAGUGCCUUUUCAUCUUAUGCAGCUUCCUACUUUCGUCAUGCAUUGCUAUCAGUUGUACAGAGCUCAUGCAGCCACACAUGGGAUGCUUUUCAGCUUGCACAUGCAUCAUUUAGGCUUUACUGUCUACGGAACAACCAGGUUUUGUCAGAUAGCAGCAACCAAAAGCUCAGAAGUAAGAUUGAGCCUCAUCUACUAGGAGAUGCACCAAAGAUCAAUAUCCCUUUACCUGAGAAGGAUUUGGCUGAAGACGGAGAAGAAGAGACCGACGAAGGGAAUGGAUCCCUUGCCUCCGUGACAAUUUUUGAUGAGGAUAUGGACUUGAGAUUUCUAGUAUGUGGACUGCCAUGCACUCUGGAUGCUUGUUUGUUGAGCUCCUUGGAAGAUGGUUUAAAUGCACUGCUGAAUAUUGAAAUUCGUGGGAGUAAACUUCAGAACCGUGUCAGUGCAGCACCGCCACCUCUUCAAGCUGGAAACUUUUCUCGUGGCGUUGUAACAAUGCGUUGUGAUAUCACAACUUGCAGUUCUGCUCAUAUCUCGCUGUUGGUAUCUGGUAGUGCACAAACUUGUUUUGAUGAUCAGCUAUUGGAGUGCCACAUCAAGAGCGCUCUUAUUGAGAAGACCCAGCUUGUCCAUGCUGUCCCAAAUAGUGAUGACAAGAAGUCAUCAUGGCUUAAUCCUCUGAAUUCGGUUUCCAUAGCUUGUGGGGCACCUGUGUUUGAAGUUUGCAUGAGAAUGCCAACUUGGGCUGCACAGGUUCUGAAGCAUCUGGCACCUGAAGUUACUUAUCGUAGUUUGGUGACUCUUGGCAUUGCAAGUAUUCGGGGAACUACAGUUGCUUCUUUUGAGAAAGAAGAUGCAGAUCGCCUUCUUUUCUUUUGUAGAAGGCAGGUUAAGGACUUUGUUAGUGAAGAAACUGUUGUCUCUUGUCUGCCGACAUGGUCAUCCUCUCUUAUCAAAGGAAGGUCCAUGUCAGGCCUAGAAUCGAGGCCGAUUGCAUCUGACUAUGUAUUUGUUGAACAUGGAAUGGCUUGUAAAUCUGCUGAGCUUAGUGUGAAGAAUAGGCAGAGAUCAAAUAUCGCUGCAAUGAGGCCAAUUCCUCAUCCUCGGAAACACAAACUGUUGCCCUUUUUUGGAGUGCCUCCAGCUGAUGUUAAUGAUGGAAGUCAAGUUCAGAAUAACGUGUCUCAAACACCCCAUGUGAAGCAUAAUUCAUUGCCACGUGCCCCUGCAAUUCAAAGAAAAUCCACAUCAGGCUCGCUCCGUGCUCAGCAGAUUAUUCCAUUAAAUCCUCUUCCAUUGAAGAAGCAUGAAUGUAGCCGUCCAUCAAUUCAAGUUUGUUCAGAAGAGGAAUUUUUGAAGGAUGUCAUGCAAUUUUUAAUCCUUAGGGGCCACAGUCGACUUGUUCCCCAAGGAGGGAUACAAGAAUUUCCAGAUGCCAUACUCAAUGCGAAGCGGCUGGACCUAUACAACUUAUACAGAGAGGUGGUCUCAAGGGGUGGUUUUUAUGUGGGAAAUGGCAUAAACUGGAAGGGACAGGUCUUCUCAAAAAUGCGCAACCAUACUGCAAGCAACAGAAUGACUGGUGUUGGAAAUACUCUCAAAAGGCAUUAUGAAACAUACCUGUUGGAGUAUGAAUUAGCACAUGAUGAUGUGGACGGGGAGUGUUGCCUCUUGUGUCACAGUAGUGCUCCCGGCGAUUGGGUGAACUGUGGCUUGUGUGGUGAAUGGGCCCACUUUGGCUGUGAUAGACGACCGGGCUUAGGCACUUUUAAGGACUAUGCAAAGACAGAUGGGUUGGAGUAUAUUUGCCCGCAUUGUAGCCUAACGAGCUACAAGAAGAAGUCACAGAAAAUGGCUAAUGGAUUCUCGAAUACAUCCAAUGUUUCGCGCCAUCUGUAAUUCUUCCACUUUUGUUUCUUUUCUUUGUCUCCUAAAUCAGAGAGGAGUGGCUGCGCCGGUAGGGCUCAAUUGUAUUAUUCCGGAGUUGUUCCAUUGAUGCUUUAGAUCAAGGCCAAAUCCCCGUAUACAUACGGCUACUACACACGAAUAUGAAAUGAAGGUUCCCAUUUUUACCAUGGUAUCAGCACUUGUAUCCCCACAAUCCCCACUAGGAAUCAAUGAAGAAUAGCCUGGAAAGGAAGAAUGAUAAUAUUUUUUUAACCUGAGUUGAUGCAGUAAAUCCUUCUUGGGAA